AUGAAAUACCUCGUUUUCUCGCUGGCUGGUUUCGGGGAAUUGCGGUCCAUCGCCACGGCGUUUGUUCUUCCUCAGCACUACGGACAUCGUGCUUGCAUUCCGACAACCGCAACCGGUGUUCCCGCUACCAGCUUGAACCUUUCCCGACAAAAGCUCAACGACGUGGAUCUCAUGGCAAUCGAGAACGUUGCCGAGUUUUGCCUGCAAGCGGACGAGAUGGCGAGCGGGGAAUGUGACUUGGAUGAACACGAGGCGUUGGUCAAUCAGUUACUGGAUCAACGUGCGAUUCUCGCCGACCAUAUUCAACAUAUGGACGCCAUUCUCGCCAAACUACAGGGCAAUCGUAUCGACACGGUCCAAAGCGAACCGAGUGCCUAA